AUGGCUGAAAGAAAUACAAUCAUGAAUCAUCCAAGCUAGACUGAUCAAUAAUAUAUUGGAAUAUCAAGGGGACUCUUUGAAGAUAGUGCUAUGAAAGGUUUACAAGGAGAUGAUGAUCAUAUUAACACUAGUUAACAUAAUUAAACUACAGAAUUUGAAGUUGGGAAAAUGGGAUCAACUGAAAAUAUGCAUAUGUUUAUUGAAAGUGAUAUUAAUGCCACACAAUAAUAAGAAUUUAAUUAUAAAAUUGAGGGUCAGCAGAAACAUAAUCUAAGUUAGCGUGUGAGAAAUAAUUACAAAAAAAUAGUUCUACUAUGUAAAAAUAACAAUCAAGCUGUGAUGGAAAAGAAAAAUAAUUUGAAUAAUGAUGCAUUAAACACAAGUAUAUGCAUCUAAAAGAAUUAUUCUAAUACAUUAAAUAUUUAAAAUACCUAUGAUGACUCUCAAUAAGGCAAAUAGAUAAAGUUUAUGACCAUGAAAAGUACUUAAAUUCCUAAUAUUCCACUAAAAUAACUAAAUGGAUAAAAUAAUUCAAAUAAAUAUUAGUCUGAUUUUGAUUUAACUUGCUAAAAAAUUGAUUCGAUUAAAGAUGUGAGCAGCAAACAUAGUGAACAAUGUAAUUAGCAAAUCAAUGAAUAGAGUUCAAAGAAUAGAUAAACAUGUAAAGUAUUUUGUAUAAACUCUAAAGUAAAAAAUGAAGAAUCGACCACUGCCAAAUUUAUUGGAAGCUUAAAUAUAGCUAUUGAAUGA